AAUGAAAUUUUAGUUAAACCCUAAGACCGGGUUAUAGAUAGGUCGGUUAUCGCCGGACGCAAGAAGCUUUCAAAAACCCUAACUUGUCUGCCAGCAUUGAGCAACAUUCAACAAUGGCGAAGAAAAAUAAUAGCGAAACAGCAAAGAAAAUCAAGAAAAAAUCGAAGAAAGCAGGCCUUAAUAAGGUAUCUAUGAAACUCAAACAACCUCCGAAAGAAAACCCUUUUGAGACAAUUUGGUCUCGUCGCAAAUUUGACAUCAUCGGUAAAAAACGCAAAGGAGAAGAACGACGUAUUGGGCAAGCUCGAACUCAUGCCAUUGAAAAGAGGAAGAAAACGUUGUUGAAGGAGUAUUUGCAAAGUGGCAAAGCUUCUGUGUUUCUGGAUAAACGAAUUGGGGAGCAGAAUGAUGCUCUUGGUGAAUUUGAUAAGGCCAUUUUACGUUCUCAACGUGAACGCCAGAUAAAAGUGAAACAAACAAGCAAAUAUAACCUAUCUGACGGAGAGGAGGAUGAUCUUAAUAUCUUUGAUGGAUUUAAGGAUGACUUUGAUGAUGAUGUAGAGCAUGGAAGUGAUGAGGAAACAUAUCAAGGAGCAGAUGGAAACAAAUCUUGCAUCUUAAGACAGUUAGAAGCUCCUCGUAAUCAGAAGUCCGAGGAUGCAGAUAUGUAUGAGAUUGAGGAAAAGAGGCAGAAAAGCAAGAAGGAAGUGAUGGAAGAGGUCAUUCAAAAAAGCAAGUUUUUCAAGGAACAAAAAGCAAGGGAAAAGGAAGAAAAUGAGAAGUUGGUUGAUCAAUUGGAUGAGGAGUUUGAAUCCCUAGUUCGGUCUGAGGCUUUCUCGUCUCUGACUCAACCAAGUAAGAUGAAUGCCUUGAAGGCUCUUGUGAAUCCUAAUUUUUCUAAAGAGCACAAAACGAAAGCGGUUUUGUCUGUUCCUGAGGAUUCCAAGCAGGAUGAACCUGAUUUGUAUGAUAAAAUGGUUAGUGAGAUGGCAUUUGAGAUUCGUGCUCAUCCAUCAGAUAGGACAAAGACGCCAGAGGAAGUAGCUGAAGAGGAGAAAGAACGACUCGAGCGACUUGAGCAAGAGCGUCAAGAUAGGAUGCGUGCCAUUGAUGAUGCUAGUGAAGGCGAUGAUGAUGAACUGGAAGAUGAUAGGAAACUAUCUGCUAACAAGCAAAGUCAUAUCUCUGGCGAUGACCUUGGUGAUUCAUUUACUGUUGAUGAUAAGUCACUGAAUAAAAAGGGAUGGGUUGAUGAAAUUCUAGGAAGGAAGGAUUCUGAAGAUACUGAGGAUGAAGAAAGUGAUGAUUUGGAUGACAGUGAAGAUAAUGAAGGGUCAGAUGAUGAGGAUAGUGACGAAAAGGCAGAAACUCUGAAGGACUGGGAGCAGAGUGAUGAUGAUGCUGAUGAAAAUAUAGUUGAUGAGGAUGAAUCUGAAGAAGAGGAGGGAGCAGAAGAUAUUAAAACACAUGAUAGUACUGAGGACAAAAAGAAUGAGAUGCUUGUCACUUCUGACAGGAAGAGAAAGAAAACUUCGCAAAGUUUAGGUGAGAGUAUGCUACAACGCUCAAGUUCAAAACAGGAACUUCCGUUUAAAAUCAACACCCCAGGAACUAUUGAGGAAUUAUGCGAACUAUUUCAAGAACGUUCCAAUGAAGAUAUAAUCGAGGCGAUCAGGAGAAUCUGCAUAUGCAAUGCUAUUGCUCUUGCCGCAGAAAACAGGAAGAAAAUGCAGUUGUUUUAUGGUCUUCUUCUACAGUACUUUGCUACACUAGCAAAUGCAAAGCCGUUAAACUUUCAUUUAUUGAAUAUGUUGGUCAAGCCCUUGAUUGAAAUGAGCGUAGAGAUUCCAUAUUUUUCAGCAAUUUGUGCUCGUGAACGAAUUUUGCGCACUCGUACAAAAUUCUCUGAAGAUAUCAAAGAUCCAGAUAAAAGCUGCUGGCCUUCCCUGAAGACUUUGCUUUUGUUGAGACUUUGGUCCAUGAUAUUUCCAUGCUCUGACUUCCGUCAUGCUGUCAUGACACCAGCUAUUUUGUUGAUGUGUGAAUAUCUGAUGCGUUGUCCUGUUCUGUCUGCUCGUGAUGCUGCAAUUGGUUCCUUCUUGUGCUCCAUAGUUCUUUUGGCGACUAAACAGUCUAAGAAGUUCUGUCCUGAAGCUUUAUUAUUUUUAAAGACUUUAUUACUUGCAACCAUUGACGGAAAAUGCUACAGAGGAUCUCAGAUGUAUCAACAUCUUCUAGAUCUCAAAGCACCCAUGCCACUGUUGUGUAUAAAAGAGAGUAUAGAAGAUGUCAAACCUCUGGACUUCCUCAAGAUUAUGAACUUGCCUAAAGAUUCCUCAUUUUUUGACGGCCAUGGUUUCAGGGCCAGUGUGCUUAUGUCAGUGGUGGAAACCCUUAAAGGAUUUGUAAACAUCUAUGGAGAACUUAAAGCUUUCCCUGAAAUAUUUUUGCCGAUUUCCGCUUUGUUGGUUGAAGUUUCUGAUCAACAAUACAUGCCCGGUUCUUUGAGAGAGAAACUAAGAGAUAUGGUUGAGAUCAUAAAAAAGAAAACUGAAGAAUAUCAUGAGCUCCGACAACCACUUCAAAUGCGGAAGCAGAAGCCUGUGGCUAUCAAAUUAUUGAAUCCAAAGUUUGAGGAGAAUUAUGUGAAGGGUAUGGAUUAUGACCCUGAUCGUAUUAGGGCCGAGAAUAGAAAGAUGAAAAAGCUUCUCAAAAAAGAAUUGAGGGGAGCUAUUCGUGAGGUUAGGAAAGAUAACAAUUUCCUACAAGAUGUAAAGCAGAAAGAGAGGCAGCGGAUGGAAGAGGAACGAGCGGAAAAAUAUGGAAAAGCAAGAGCGUUUCUUCAAGAACAAGAGCAUGCUUUCAAAUCUGGGCAGCUUGGGAAGGGUGGUAAAAGGAGAAGAUGAAUGCUUGUCAAUUGUCAUCACCUGUUAAGUUGCAACAAGGUGUCGUUAUAUUUCUUUCCAAAAUGCUGUCAAAGAUAGAACUUUGUAUAAAAAAAGCAGAGAUCAACUUGGGUAUUUUUUCGUCAUCAAGAGUCGAGACAAGAACAGCCUCAAAAUAUACCAGCUGUAACUAAAUUGCGCAAAUAUAUACAACAUAGACAAAAAUGCAACAAUCAUCUGCCGCGCCAAAAGUUGAUUGACCACCCUUGUCCAUGUCCAUGUUCAUGUUCAUGUUUAUGUUCGGUUACUUCUUUGGAGACGAACUUAACUUAAAUGUAGAAUAGUGUUUAGUACGGAAUUCUACGUAGGGUAACGGUUAGUUGAUGCAAUUUGGAUGUUGGCUUUAAGGCUUUUGAUUGCUUUUGGAUAAUUGUUUUAAGGCAAAGAUUAAGCAAGAGGGUUCAACCCAUUUUUGUUUUAA